AUCUUCUUCCAGGCUGUUCCUGCCCCCCUACCUGACAUUACAUUGUUCUUCUUUCCCACCCCAACCGUCAAACCCUCUCAGAGCCUCCUCUCCUCUAUCCCACCAUGGUGCUGUCAUUCUCCAAUUAAAGCCCACUUCACAGGAUGCAUUAAAUGCCUUAUAUGCUAUUACAGUGACCUUGUUUAAAUGUUUGGUGUCCAUGCUACAUCUUUUUCAAGUUUCAACUACUUCCAUUCUUCCCCUCCUCUUUCAUUCAAAGCUUAAUGCCAUUACUCAUUCAAAAAGAUUCCUCUGCCAUAGCUUUUUCUAUGAGCUUGCUAGUGGUGGGUUUUUUGUGUUCUUCACAAAAGUGUUCUCUUUAAACUUUAUUAUGGUCUUUGUCUCCUCAGUUUGUUCAGCUGAAUAGUCAAUGCUCCCUUUUUCUUCAUCAUAACCCCAAUAUGCAUCUUUUAAUGUGUUUCUUGCUUUCUCUUCCUUUUCAUGAAUGAAACAGCAGCACUUGUAUAAUCAAGGUCUAUAACCUGUAUUUCAACAAAAUUUUCUUUAAAGGUAGCAUUUUUAUUAUUUGAAAUUGAAAUUUGAGGAUGUUUUGAGUUUUCUGACAUUUUUUGUCAUCUGUCUUGAGUUUAGUAUCUCUAAACUUCUGGUAAGAUUGAUGUUUGUUCAUCUUCAAUUCUUCAUCAAAUUUGGAGCCUAAUGCUCAAAGUUAGUUCAAUGAGACAUUUUUACCUCCAUCUUGUGGUUCUUUCCUGGUUUUGGUUCAUUCAUGGUACCCAUGAGCUACAAUUUGCUCAGACCCAAGUCCUGUUACAGUUAAGGAAGUACCUUGAGUACCCUACCUCUUUGGAAGUUUGGGAAAAUUACAAUGGGGACCUUUGCAGCAUUUCUCCAUCUGCACACAUGAGCAUCAAGUGUGAGGGUGAUUCAGUAACUGAGCUUAAAAUCAUGGGAGAUAAGCAUGUGAAGGUAGAAAAAUUCAAUGGAUUUGCAGUUCCAAAUCAGACACUAUCCUUGAGCUUCUCUAUUGAUUCUUUUGUCACCACAUUGACCAGGUUAACCAGCUUAAGGGUCCUCAGUUUGGUGUCCUUAGGGAUUUGGGGGCCCCUCCCUGAUAAAAUUCAUAGAUUGUCUUUGCUUGAAGUCUUGGACAUGAGCUCAAAUUUCUUAUUUGGUUCCAUCCCUCCAAAACUAGCUACAAUGGUAAAGCUUCAAACACUAACACUUGAUGGCAAUUACUUUGACAGCACCAUGCCUAAUUGGUUUGAUUCAUUGUCUAAUCUCAGUGUCUUGAGUUUGAAGAGGAACCACUUGAAGGGUUCAUUCCCCUCCUCACUGUGCAAAAUUAAGAGUCUUACUGAUAUUUCCUUGUCCCACAAUGAGCUAUCUGGUGGGCUUCCUGAUCUCACUACUCUCUCUGGCCUACAUGUCCUGGAUUUAAGACAAAAUCAUUUAGAUUCUGAACUACCAUUGAUGCCUAAAGAAGUAGUAACUAUUCUGCUAAGUGGAAAUUCAUUCUCAGGUGAGAUACCUAAUCAGUUUGGUGAAUUGGGUCAGCUUCAACAUCUAGAUCUUUCAUCAAAUCAUCUUACUAAGAUGCCAACAUCUUCCUUGUUCUCUUUGCCAAACAUGAGCUAUCUGAAUUUAGAAAGCAAUCUGCUAAGCGGGUCCCUUCCACACAAACUUAAAUGUGGCAGCAAACUUGGCUUUGUGGAUAUCUCUAGUAACAAGUUCAAUGGUAUGCUUCCUUCUUGCUUGGCCAGUACAACUAAUGGAAGAGUUGUCAGAUAUAGUGGAAAUUGUUUAUCUCUUCUCUCACAGCCUCAGAAGAGAGGGUCUUAUUGUGAAGAAUCCAGUUCAGGAAGGAUGAAAUUCUGGAGAUGGAUAAUAAUAGCUGCAGCAGCUGCUGUCAUUAUUAUAGUUGUUCUUGUACUUUUAGCUUUAGGAAUUUGCUUUUACAGAAAACAUCAUUCAAGGGAGAUUUACAGGCAUGAGAUGAUGUCAAAGGCUGUUCAAGAUAACUCAACAACAGGAGUUUCCUCUGAAUUUCUUGCUAGUGCUAGAUUCAUUUCUCAAACAGUGAAGCUAGGGACACAAGCUAAUCCAACUUGUCGACAGUUUUUGAUUGAAGAGUUGAAGGACAUCACAAGAAACUUUGCAUUGUCAACUUGUAUUGGUGAAGGAUCUAUAGGAAAGCUGUACAAAGGUAAACUUGAGAAUGGAUCUUACGUGGUGAUAAGAUCUCUACCUCUGAAAAAGAAAUUCUCAAUACAAAAUCUUAGAGCUCGGUUGGAUUUACUCUCAAAGCUUCAGCAUCCAAAUUUGGUUAGCCUCUUGGGUCACUGUAUUGAUGGUGGUGGACAAGAUGAUACUAAUAGUAGCCACAAACUUCAUCUUGUAUAUGAGUACGUGCCAAAUGGGAAUUAUCGUAGACAUUUGUCAGAAUUUUCUUCAGACAAGGCACUAAAAUGGUCUGAUAGAUUGGCAAUUUUAAUUGGAGUUGCCAAGGCUGUGCAUUUUUUACAUACUGGAGUUAUACCAGGUUGUUUAAGAAACCAAUUGAGGACAAACAAUGUUUUACUUGAUGAGCAUCGCUUUCCCAAGUUAAGUGACUAUGGUAUGUCCAUGAUCGCCGACGAGAUUGAAAAUCUUGAGGCAAAGGGAGGGAAUCCGAAAUCAUGCCAAAUGGAAAAGUUAGAGGAUGAUGUUUAUAAUUUUGGAUUCAUAUUGUUUGAAUCACUUGCUGGACCAAUAGCAAGCGACAAAGGAGAAGCAUUUUUUGUUGAUGAAAAGGCCUCCUUUGGCAGUCAAGAUGGUAGAAGAAAAAUUGUAGAUCCAGUAGUGUUGACCAGUUGCUGUCAAGAGUCAUUAUCAAUUGCAAUAUCCAUCACAACCAAAUGCAUAACUCCAGAAUCAUCAUCUCGUCCAUCUUUUGAGGACGUUCUCUGGAAUUUACAGUAUGCAGCACAAGUUCAAGCCACAGCAGAUGCAGAUCAAAAAUCUGAUUCUACACCCUAGGAUUACUUCCUUCUCUAGCAAUGCAUAUAAGAAAGCAAGGAGAUCUAAAGCAAUAGCACAAUCACAUAUGUCAAUCUUACAUUACAAUUAUAAAUAUAUAUAGUUAUUAAUCUUCCCUCCU